AUGGCAUCUUCCGACGACGCAAAGCUGCCCUGUGACAAGAGAACACUGCAGGGAGAUCUUCUCGAGGUGCUACGUCGGAGUGGUUUCCAUGAUGCGGCCGCAACACUGGAGGAUCUGCGCGCGCAGGAGCAUCUCGAGCGGAGAAAACUAGGUGAUGGGAAGAAAUUUGCCCUCGCCUGGGCGCAAAUCGUUGCCGCAGUCGUACGCGACGGCUCGCUGUUUGGGGAGCGUGCGCGAGAGGAUCAGCUAGCGCGGCUCAAGGGAGCAUGCCACCUGCCGAGCAGGAGCAGCGUGGGGGGGAAUCAUGCGGGCUCGCAGCUGCGAAUCGAUGCAAACGGCAGGACGGGACAACGAGGCCACACUGGUAAUUUUUGGACCACCGCGCCGGACAUGGCGCGCCCCGAGGUGCGGGAGCACCUCGAGCACGCGCUAGACAAGGCUGCUGCAGCGGCCGUCUGCAAAUUUGCUUGCAAAGGUUGUUCGCCACCGUCGCUCUGCGUUACUACGGCAAAGUGCGAGGAGAUUUUGCGUCCGCUUCUUGACCGUGAUCCUGAGUUGCGACACAUGCUCAAUGCAAAAAAGUUUCCGAUGCGCCUUCGCAUCCUCGCCGACAUUACGCGCUUACGCGUAACCUGGCCGGAAGAUUAUACAAAGACGACCCUCAGGCCCAUCCCGAAAAACUCACACUUCAGGCGGGGCGCUGAUGCGAUUUGCGCCGGGCCGACACCAGAUGCCGAGCUCGACUUCGUCGUAGUCCGUGGCAAGCUAAACAGCGAGUUUCGACCGUUCGCCAAACCCUCCGUCGACCUAGCGCGCAUUCUCGCGGCCAUCGCGAGUGAGACCGCUGAUGAGGUGGACGAGUUCAGCGGUUCCAAGCAAGCACAAUCCAAGGCACGUAGCAGAGUUUACAAGCGGGCGUGGCACAGCGGGUACCGCGCACCACCCCACCUUGACCGGAAAACAUCAGUCAGGAAUUUGUUUUACGAGCCAGCAGCGCCGUCGGCGCGGCGCGCACGCCUCAACGAGGAGCUACGAUGCACCUUGGAGAAAAUAUACCAGGAAGCUCGACCCUACCUCUAUGCCCAGCUUUUGCCGCACGAAAUGGCGAAGCUGGCCUUCAACAUGCAGGAUUGGCUCGGCGAAGGCAGGACGGAAGCCCCCAGUGUACCCUUACUGGCGGCCGUCUGGUUGGAUCUCGGUGCCAUUUUAGCACAUGUUGACGAUGAUCCUGGUCUUGCGUUUAUGGUCGCUUGCGCGUGGGGUUCGAAUGACGAGACGGUGAGACCGCCCCGUAAGCGCGCACGUGCUCAGUCCCGGGCACACGGCCAAAACGUGCGUGGAAGCGGUUUCUAUUUUCCUGCCAGUGGACCCGAGGGAAUCUACGUCUCGCUGCGUCAGGGCGACAUACUCUUGUUUAAUCCUUCGGCGCCGCACUGCGCAACAGAGCCGUGGUACGAAAGUGAUGAUCCCGGCUGGUUCCGUGUCCGCUCGUUGGUUUCGUGCUACCUGAACCGUGACAUGAUCGGAGCGGCGCGUGCCGCCCAAAAAAUUGCCCCCGGCUAG